UUUAAAUACUUCCUUUUCCGUAACUUGCACCCCGUGUCGUCCUUCGAGAAGUCGACGGGAUUGUAAAUUUUAGCCGCGGAGGCGUCGUCUGGUGUUGUUUUUAGAGAGAGGGAGGGGGCGGAAGAAAAAGCAUAGUUGGGGGGCAAAAGCUGUAGUUGGCAUUGCGAGCAUUAUCUCCUGUUUGCUGGGUGAGGCUUCAUCAUGUCGGCUGUCCAGCGGAUGAAAGUGGCCAACGAGAAGCACAGCAAGACCAUCACGCAGCGCGGACACGUCCAGAGAACCACGAGAGUGGUGAAUGAGGACAAGUCCCCCGUGGGACCCUGGCUGUUGGCCUUCUUUGUCUUUGUGGUGUGUGGAUCAGCUAUUUUCCAGAUUAUCCAAAGCAUCAGACAGGGCUUGUGAUUCGGUGCCAGAGGACUGUCUUCAGCAUGGAGACCCGUGGUCCCUUUUCAUCAUUGAUGCCAGCGCCAUCCAGCUUUCUCUGCCCCUGGGCUGGUCUCUCCAUCCCUGUGCCCAAAGUCAUCAGCUCCUCCCUGCCCCCAGAGCCACCUGUCUAGCCUAGCUUGUUAUUUCUGUAGUACUAGUCUUUGAUACAUUUUGAAUUUCAUUCAUGAACUGUGAAAUACACCAGUCAUUUUCUAUAGUCUCCUGGCUUAGUCCAUUUUACACCCCCGUGUUAAUCAAGCUAAAUAAUCUCUCUUGGAAUUUGCAUAGGUAAUGUGCUAUAUGUCCUAGAAAGAAAAAGAGGUAAAGGUUUACCUCGUAUUCUCUGUGAAGUGGCGAUGAUGAACAAGCUUGGAAGUGAUACAGUUUUCAUUAGUACCUCUGGGCGUUUUGUCCGUAUUUCAGGUUCUGGUUACUUAAAGCACCUUUUGAGAAAGAGAAUUUUGUUUUGAGUUUUUUUUUUCAUGGGGUGCUCUCAUGGUAUUUGAGAAAUAAUCCACAGAAAUGGUGAAUUCUGGGGGACUGUUUGUUUACAAUAUAAACUAUUCCAGUUAAUUUGCAUUCUGACUAGUACGUUUCUUACAUACAGUACUUUGACAGCUUCAGAAAAGCGCGACCUUUACACCCUUUAUCUUGUAAAUGUACCCAAAUUAAAUUAUUUGUCUAAGUUCUUUUCUUAUUGUCAUAUGCCUGUGUCAUUGGGCAUAAAUGUGAUUUUCACACCAUAUUUAAACUUAAUCGACACCCUUUUUUACUGUUCAGGGAAGACUGAUAUUAACAGGAAUUGUCAAACUCGUAUCGCUGGUUUUUUCCCGAGCCAGUCUAAAAUGGGCAUAUUAACAUCAUGUUCCCUGCAAGUUACAUAAGGGAUGUGCUAAGUGCGUGGUAAACAGCAAUCUUGGCCACAUUACUGAUAUUUGUCCAUUUUGUGUUCUGAUUGUACCUUUAAACAUAUUUUCCAAAAUAUGUAAUUAGAAGUUUGCUAUUUCGAUUUAAAAACUGAGAAGUUAGCAGUUUGUUAGAGAGGAGAACUGCCACAUUGACGGCCAUCCUGAUACCGUACCAUGAGCCUCCCAUUGGAUGGAAGCUAUGCAAGGCUUUUGUUCUUUUUUCUACAAAUAAAACAUAUUUUCUCAAAA